GCAGGAGGAGGACAGACACUCACAAGCGGAGCGGCAGCGCUGGAGGAACGCCUCCGAACAUCUCAGCUCAUCCUUUACUCUAAAGCCCGUCUGUUUUCAGAUACAUAGGCUGUACGUAUAUAUAUAUAUAUAUAUACAUAACUUCCAGAGUUCGGAAGUUUAGUGCUUUAUCUGAGGAGAAACGGCCUCAUUCUAACCGAGUAGUCCGCCAGUAUUUCGGAAAUAACCAAAGGAGUUGUUCCACUCCCCGAGCGCAAGGCUUGCAUCGUGGCUCUUUCAGAAGUGGCAUGUUCGAGGGAUACUGCGGACGCAAUUGAACUCCUGCUUUCACCCAAAGAGGAUUCAAUGAAAAUGUCCGUGUGCGUCCAUGAGAACCGGAAAUCUAGAGCCAGCACUGGCUCUAUGAACAUCUACCUGUUCCACAAGUCCUCAUAUGCCGAUAGUGUCCUCAUGCACCUCAACUCAUUGCGGCAGCAACGGCUUUUCACAGAUGUCCUUCUUCAUGCCGGUAGCCGCUCCUUCCCCUGCCAUCGUGCCGUGCUGGCUGCCUGCAGCCGCUACUUUGAGGCCAUGUUCAGUGGCGGGUUAAGGGAGAGCCAGGCCAGCGAGGUUGACUUCCGUGACUCCAUCCAUCCGGAGGUUUUAGAGCUCCUGCUGGAUUACGCUUACUCGUCACGUGUGGUCAUCAACGAGGAGAAUGCAGAGUCACUAUUAGAGGCUGGGGACAUGCUGGAGUUUCAGGACAUCCGGGAUGCCUGUGCUGAAUUCUUAGAGAGAAACCUUCACCCAUCUAACUGUCUUGGUAUGCUGUUGCUGUCUGAUGCCCACCAGUGUACCAAGCUGUCAGAGCUCUCCUGGGGCAUGUGCCUCAGCAACUUUCCUGCUAUUUGCAAGACAGAGGACUUCCUCCAACUGCCCAAAGAUAUGGUUGUGCAGCUUUUGUCACAUGAGGAGCUAGAGACAGAAGAUGAGAGACUGGUUUAUGAAGCUGCCCUCAACUGGAUCAACUAUGACCUAGAAAAGAGGCACUGUCACCUUCCAGACCUCCUGAGAACAGUCCGUCUGGCCCUACUGCCUGCCAUCUUUCUCAUGGAGAACGUUUCUACAGAAGAGUUGAUCAACGCCCAGGCCAAGAGCAAGGAGCUGGUGGAUGAAGCUAUCCGCUGUAAGCUGAAGAUCCUGCAGAAUGAUGGCGUUGUUAACAGCCCGUGUGCUCGACCAAGAAAAACCAGCCACGCCCUCUUUCUUCUGGGUGGGCAGACUUUCAUGUGUGACAAGUUGUAUCUGGUGGAUCAGAAAGCCAAAGAGAUAAUCCCCAAGGCAGACAUUCCCAGCCCCAGGAAGGAGUUCAGCGCCUGCGCCAUCGGCUGUAAGGUGUACAUCACCGGUGGAAGAGGCUCAGAGAAUGGUGUGUCCAAAGAUGUAUGGGUCUAUGACACCGUCCAUGAGGAAUGGUCGAAGGCGGCACCCAUGCUCAUUGCCAGGUUUGGCCAUGGCUCUGCAGAGCUGAAGCACUGCCUGUACGUAGUAGGAGGUCACACCGCAGCAACUGGCUGCCUCCCAGCCUCUCCGUCCGUAUCUCUCAAACAGGUAGAGCAGUUUGACCCAGUGGCGAACAAGUGGACCAUGGUGGCGCCUUUGAGAGAAGGUGUGAGCAAUGCAGCAGUGGUCAGCGUCAAGCUCAAGCUCUUUGCCUUUGGAGGAACCAGCGUCACCCACGACAAGCUGCCCAAGGUGCAGUGCUACGAUCCGCAGGAGAAUCGAUGGACUGUGCCCGCCUCCUGCCCGCAGCCGUGGCGCUACACUGCUGCUGCCGUACUGGGAAACCAGAUCUUUGUCAUGGGUGGGGAUACUGAGUUCUCUGCAUGCUCGGCUUAUAAGUUCAGCAGUGAGAGCUACCAGUGGACUAAAGUGGGCGAUGUGACGGCCAAGCGGAUGAGCUGCCAGGCUGUGGCAUCGGGGAACAAACUCUAUGUAGUGGGUGGUUACUUUGGCACACAGCGGUGUAAAACUCUGGACUGCUAUGAUCCCACACUGGAUGCUUGGAACAGCAUCACUACUGUGCCAUACUCGCUCAUUCCCACUGCUUUCGUCAGCACCUGGAAACAUCUGCCUGCCUGAACCCCAAACCCUAUACCUGCACCCUUUCCAUGAGAUAUCCCUGUUUUGCAUCAUCUACUGGACUCCAGCUGUGAAGAAGCACACAUCAUCUUCCUCUAAAAAGAGACACCGACCAGUGAUGUACAGACACCCGCAUUCAUCUUGAUGUUGCAAAGAGGCAGAUCCAGAACCACAUACAGCUGGACACUUUACUGGAAUUAUGUCAUCUCUUUUCUGAGAAGGAAGCUGAGACAUGCAGUACAAUCGCAAACAAACCAAACAAACUGCUGCAUGUUAUAUGAGGCACAAACUCCAACCUUGUGUACAUCUGGCAUUUCAGUGCUUUCAUGCUGCCAUAUGAGGAAUGCAAACAUAUCACACAACCUGCAUUUUUCUCAUUUAGUCAUGACAGGCUUGUGAGGAUCUGUAUUGAUGUUUUUCUCUGUGAUAAAUAAUAAUAAGAAAAAAAAUGCUCUUUUCAUGAAACUGCAAUGUAUAGCAUGAUGGAUGUUCUAUUUAGAUUGAGGGAGGGAGAAUGCAGUGAUUGGUGUGCUAAAGAACAGAACGCAACUCAGUUUAACUGAGUAUAGCUGAUUUAUAAAAGGCACAAUGAAGGAGCAAACCUCCCCCCUCUCUCCUCUAAUAAGCUCUUUUGUUUGACCCCUUGUAUCUUUUUUUCCCUUAUUCUUUCAAAGACAUGCGUCUAACAGCUCGGACACAGAAACAAACCUUUGAGUGUUCCUCUUAUGAAGGCUUUGGCAGUUUGCUGUCACUGCAAGCCACGAGGUGUUGAUGAGCAACACCAGCUGAGGUUGAGGAGGAUAGAGGGGAUCUGUGCAUGGCCAGUGGGUGUCGAGGUGCCUCGAGGUCACGACCUUACAUGUUUGCUGUUUUGCAGCUACGCAUUAACGCCCGCUGAGCGCCGGUUAACUAACCAACUGCACACAGGGGCGGUAUUCAGUGUUUGGAUUCAACGCUGUCGCAUUCAGCUGUACACUUAAUGCUGUAAAAGACCGGCUGUGCUUCUGUUAUUCUGAUAAAAGUAAAGCUCGCUUGCUGAGUCAUAGCUGAACCCUUUUUAGAGCACGUCCACUUAUAGUGAUUCAGUAAAACUGGCAUGAACUCUUCUCUGUGGUCACAGAAAUCUUGUCACCUUAACCUAAACUGAGAAUUAAUCAGUUGUUUUUUUUUAAAACUUGCUGCAAUGUAGUCUUAAUUUAUAUGACAAUGAUUACUCUGUUAUGUUAAUAUGUUUAAUCCUAUUUAUUUCUUCUCUGCCUGCAUUCUGAUGUGAAUGUAUGUUUGGGUUAUGUCAUGCAUGGCCAGGUGUUGUGUAUUAUUUGAAUUUAGUUGGGCUGCAUUUUGCACAGUUCAGUCUUUCCCAGGAGGAGCUUGUUCUUUUAAAAGAGACAGAGGUGCAGAUCUCCCAGGCUUUUCAUUUAUAUCAGUGUAUGAAUGGAAGAGGAAGAAUGGCUUGGAUUACUGAUGGUGUGAAGCAGUUUAGACCACAGAGUCGUUGUCCAAAAAAGAAGACUGAAUGGGGUUGAAGGAAAUAUUAAUUUUUACUUCUGAUAGAUUCUCUUUAAGCUCUAACCUGGAUCCAAACCUGUCUUAAAUCACCAUGUCAGGGCUCAAACUGUACCAACAAAACAAGAAGAUACAAACCACAAAACAGAUAAGGCUAUUGGAAUGAUGCAGUAUGUGACCCAGUAACUAUCAGGGACGUCACGGAAUAACCCCUGACAUGGUUAAGAAUGCGACCGUCUUUGCAGCUGUCCUUGGGACAGCUGGAGGACUGUCACAUGUGCUAACUUGGCUCCUCGGGGCGUUAACCCACAGUCUUCUUCACCAUUAGGUUGAGAAAGAGUUGACUCCAGUAAGCUGUGCAUUGAUAAGGGCAGACACCGCAGUGCUUUUUACCAUAGUGUCAAUGAUGCACAUAAAAAAAGAAAAAAACAAGCAAGCUCCUAAAGACCAAAAAGAGAGAAUGUCUUAAACGCAGCAUAUGACAUACUUGGUAACUCUAAUCAGUGUUUUUGUCUCUAUGUCUGUCUAGGUGACCUGAGCAUUGACGUUUUGCAAUUGAAUAUUAAUGGAAUCAUUGAAUUUCAAUGUAAGAGGUAAUGUUUUGGUGGGAUAUGUAUAUAUUUUUUUCAGUUGUCAUUUCUUGUGGAUUCAUGAAACAAAUCAAAUCUGUGGGGAUCAAUUGGUAAACCGCUCUGUAAAUUCCUGCUCAGCUCCUUAAGCCACCCAAAAGUCCAUCCUUUUAUUGGCAAUUUCAAGACUUCUAUGGAGACCCUUGUGGCUCUGUAAUGUUGACCUCCUCCGACCACUGAACACAGAGGCUCUGGCCCCACCAAUCUGAUAAGAGCGUUUCUUUCCCAGAGAACCCAAGUUUCCCUGGCAACAGCAAGUAAUGAAUGCCCCCUUCAAUUUGCUCCUAAUUGCUGAGUGGCAUUUCCCAUUUCUACUCUUGCCCUCCUCUUAUCCCCCUAUUUUAUCUGGAAAUCCAGCUGGCUCAGAUUGGAGCACAGUAUCUUGCUUCGCAUAAUGUUGUAAAUUAGACAGAACCCCCCCCCCACUGUCAGUGUGCAUCAGUUUCAUUUCUUUUGUCAUGUAAGAGUUUAUUUCUAUUUUUUAUGGCAUUAUUUUGUACAUGUGAUUUUUUUCACAAUGUGAAAUUCAUGGCUAAUAAACAUAAGAGUUUUUUCCUCUUGACUGUAAAA